AUGCCAUCACAAGAUAAUACAGAACAAACAAGCUUUUCCUUCAGAGUGCGGGUUGCUGACAAUGCCAAAGUUAAAGAAGAAAAGUUCAUCGUGGUUGAUUCUCAGAAAUUACCAAAGAGCAUUGAUGAAUUAUUCAAAUUGGGAAAAGCCAAAUUAAAUUUAAAGAAGAAGGUGCUUGCACUUUAUAAUGGAAAAUCAGGACAAGUCAUUGAAUCGGAUAGUAUUAUUCAAAAGUUAUUCAAUGAUUUUACAACAGCUAAGAGAAAACAAUUACAGGAAGAACAAUUAAUUGGAUCAACAGGAUUAGGAUCAAAGCCUUCCGAUGAUUUAUUCUUUGUUUUUUCGACCAAUUUAAAACAAACUUUCCAAGGAAAGAUUACGCAACCAGUUGAAUCGAGUGACAAUAAUACAACAACAUCUUCAUCAUCAGUUGAAAAGACACCAGAAGUAGUUGUCUUGAUAAAGGACAGUUGGUUGGAUGAUGGAGCUAUUAAACAAUUGCAAGAUACUGCUCGUACAUUGAAAUGUGUAAGAAGAGCCACUGGUCAACCUGACCUUCAUCCAGGUAAAACAUUCCCAGUAGGAGCUGCCAUUUCAACUGUAGAUUACAUCUACCCACCACUCGUUGGUAAUGAUAUUGGGUGUGGUAUGAGUUUGUAUCAAACUAAUUUAACAUCAGAUAGAGGAUUGAAACAAUUAGAAAAAUGGGUGAAACAACUCAACGGAUUAGAAAGAGGAGGAAUUAGCGGCGAUGAAAGUAGACCUGUAUUGGAUGUUGAAAGAAAAUUCUUUGGAUUGGAUUCUAGUGAGGAUUUGCUUUCAGCCACAUCUACUAACUCUGAAAAUGUAGAUUUUGAAUUACAUGAAGCCACAACUGAAUUUAUUGAAAAAUAUUUAACCUAUUUUGAUGUAGAUUUGGGUCAACUCCAAGAAGUUACUCCAAAUCUUGAAUCGGAAGAGGGUGUUACCUCUCCGCCAAAGAGUGAAAAUAAGGCCUUGGAAUUUGCCAUUCGUCAACUUGGUACUGUCGGAGGUGGAAAUCACUUUGCAGAGCUUCAAAUCGUCGAAAAGAUUUGUAAUGAAAAGAUUUUUGAAGAAGAAUUGAAACUUUCAAAGGAUGCUUGCUUUUUGAUGGUUCAUAGUGGAUCAAGAUCCCUUGGUGAUCAUAUUCUUGGAGAACAUGAGGAUAAAUUUGGAAAUAGUGGCUUGCUUUUUGACUCGGAUGAUGCAAAGCACUAUAUGAAAUGUCACGACAAUGCUUGUAGAUGGGCAAAGGCCAACAGAGCUCUCAUUGCCAGAAAGUUCCUUACUUGCAUUAACGGAAAUGGUAAAAUGAUUCUUGACAUUUGCCACAACAAUGUUGUAGAAAAACAAGUUGAAAAUGAAAGAGUUUUCAUUCACAGAAAGGGUGCUGCACCAACAGAUGCUGGUUACUUCUGCAUUCCUGGUUCGAGAGGAUCAUUCUCCUAUCUUGUUCGUGGACGUGAAGAAGAUAUUGAAAGCCAAAUUCGUUGUAAUUUUUCAGCUGCACACGGUGCUGGCAGAAAAUGGAAGCGUUCCAAAUCAGUUGGUAUGGCCGCAAAGGAAAAUGUUCAAUCCUUCACAGUUACUGACCUCGGAUCUCAUGUCAUUUGUGAAGAUAAGAAUUUACUUUUUGAAGAACAACCUGCUGCUUACAAGGAUAUCGAUGCAGUCAUUUCAGAUUUAGUUCAUUUUGGGGUUGUUGAAGUUGUUGCCAUUAUGAGACCACUCAUUACCUACAAGAUGAGAAACUGUUGCCAUUAA